CUUAAAGAUUUAAUUAAUUGGAUUAUUUCUGAUGAUCAAUCUUUUACUAUUGUUGAAAAUAAAUUUUUUCAAAUUAUGAUUAAAAGACUUAAUAAGGAAACAAAUAUUCCUUCAGCAGAUACUAUUACUAAUAGAAUUCUUAAAAUUUUUAGUAAUGAACAAGCUAAUUUACAAAAAAUAUUUCAAGAAAUUUCUAGCAAAAUUUCAUUUACUCUUGAUUGUUGGAUAUCUAAAAAUCAAAAAUCUUAUUUAGGAAUAACUGCUCAUUAG